AUGGUGGGCGCCGCUACUCCGUUGAAGGUGGCCAAGACCGUGUUGGAAGUCGCCGACUUUACAUGGACGGUCGUUGAGGGAUUUCGCCAUCAUAAUCUCCACCACCGCCACCAUACAGCGACACCGGCGCCGACGGCGAAAAAAAUCAAGGAAGAGAAGGAAUUGGAAUCCCUGCGGACAGAGAAUUGCCGCCUCAGGAUUUUACUGGAAGAACGAAAGCUCAAACUCCUGGAAUCUUGCCUGCCUGACCUUCGACGGGAAUUGAAGAAUUCCGGCGGGUGCGGUCACCAACUCUCUGUUUCUUCCGUGGAGGAUGAUGAUGAAAUUGAAACAAAGGAUUAUGUAAUUGUGAACGAGGGAGACGUGGUGGACGGGAUUGAGAAUUUCAUGGCGCAAUGCGUCGUUUUGGAUCCAAAAACUAGGGAUUUGGCGCCAGGGAAGCUUCAGAAAGCCAUAACCAAAGCGAUGGCUGUGAAAAGUAAGGUGGAGAAGGUGGUGCACAGUGUUUGUGGAUAG